AGGUCGUAAUUUAGAAUUAGCCGAGAAAGUUUUUGAUUUAGGUCAAGAGUUAGAAGAGUUAGAACAAAAUAAUAUAUAUGUCAGAUACAGAAAAAGGUUUUUACGAAGGUUGUGGCUACGAAGAAGAACUCUACAAAAGAGUAGAUG